AUGAGUGUUGAAGUUUCGGAAGGGCGUAGAAUAAUUAAAUUCACUGGUUUUGAUGAUAUCGACGAUGACAUUGAGUUGGCAGAGGAAGAUGGCACGGCGAGCAACAUGAAUAGAAGAAAACGGGGAGGGAGAAAAAGAAACCGAAGAAAUAAAAUUGAUAGAUUAGAAACGGGAAAAAGUGAAAAUGGAAACGAUGUCAAUCAGAAGAACAAUCCUUUCAAAUCCUCUAAACUUUUACAGGAAAUUCAUGAUCGAGAGAGAGUACAUGGAAUGAGAAGAGAUGAAGCGCGUCAAUUAUUGGAAGAUAAACUCUUGUUUCUUGGAGAUACUUCCCUACAAAACGUCCAUCUUCGUCGAUUCUGUUUGGUUGUCCCUUCAGAAGAAACAUUUCAAUUGGAAGAUGGAUCUAAGAUACCAUCCGAAGUUAUCACAAUCUCAAUGGAUACUGGUAAAAUUAGCUCAAUCUUGAGGUUCUUUCCGUCAAAAAUAAGAAGCUUCGAAAUGGAAAAUGUCGAGAAUUAUCAAAAUCACCGUAUGCGUCGUGUCUAUUGGAACCCGUCAGUUGCGAAAGACUGCAAUUUGAUGUUCCGUACUUGGAGUCACUUUCUUGAUCGUUGUCUUCUGUCUCUUCUUCUUGUUCCUCUCAAAAAACAUACUCAUCUUUUGAAUUUUCUUCGUAAGAUUAAUGAACUUCGAACUGCACUCAACAAUCGAACGACUGUUUCCAUAUGUUUGAGUCGUGUUAUUUGUGUCGAAGAUUACUUGGGUGCAAUCCAGAAUGUUAUGAAUACCCAAAUCAUUCUUGAUUCAACACCUUCUAUGGAUCUCGUCCCGUUACACUAUGCACUUGAUUAUUGUCGAUAUCAUCUCUGCUCUAUGGAUUCUAUUAUCAAAACAAUGUCUUCGUUUUCUUAUUCUGAACGCCAUUUUUAUGUUACGCCAGUGUACUACGAGUACGGCGCCUUUGACAUGUCGAACUGGGCUUGCCAUCAGGAAGCACAUAUCAAUAUGGAACCAGAAAAGUAUGAAAGAAUCCUUCACUGGUUGUCUAAAUUGAGCUUGGAAGGGUCAGAAGAUGUUGAAGAAAAUUAUGACAUAUCUAUGUCAUACGAUGCGGAAAACGACAAAAUGUUUGCUGGAACUCCUUAA